GUCUGGUUUCCAGAACGAAACGCUAAACUAGGUGCUUUUCUUCGUAAGAAAGGUAAAGGAAAAGCAGCUGUGAACGUUCUCGAAGGAUUCGAUCAAAAUGACGUCAAUGCUGGAGAUCUCAAAAAGGCACUAAAACUUCUCGAUGGAGGUGGAAAAGGUGGAAAAUCAGAAUCCAAGUAUCGUGAGCUGAAUUGGAAACUCGAAGAGAGAGGUGAGAAUGAGUUGGCGGGGAAAUCGACGUCGCUGGAGCGCCACUUUUUGGCAAUGGAGACGUUGAAAAAUCUUUCUAUUCAAGGUUUGUCGCCACUACACCUGGCGAUCAUCAAUCAUGACGUGCAGAUGGUUAGGAUACUGCUACAAAGAGGCGCCGAUGUGAACCAAAGAUGCUACGGAGCCUUCUUCUGUGCGGACGAUCAGAAAAGUAGUCGAACGGAUAGUUUGGAACACGAGUACGUCGACUUAACAACGAACACCAACUACACCGGAACAAUGUACUUCGGAGAGUAUCCGUUGUCGUUUGCUGUUUCUAUGAAUCAACCCGAUCUAUUUCGACUUCUUGUUGCUAAAAAGGCAAAUCUUAACGCUCAAGAUACAAACGGGAAUACCGCGCUGCACCUCUGUGUAAUCCAUGAACAAAUAGAAAUGCUGAAGAUGGCGCUGGAGGCUGGCGCUCGGUUGAACAUCGCCAACAAGCAGAGCCUGACACCGUUGACUUUGGCUGCAAAGCUGGCUAAAAAGAAGCUUUUCAACAUCAUUCUUGAACUGGAGGGCGAAAGCGUUUGGGUCUAUGGAGAGGCGAGCUGUUUUUCAUAUCCAUUGACGAAAAUCGACACAAUAAAUGAAGUAUCUGGUGAAAUGAAUGAGCAGUCUGCGCUUUCACUCGUUGUCUACGGGAAGACUUCUCAACAUCUGGAAUUGCUGGAUGGAAUUCUCGAAAAAAUUCUCGACGAAAAAUGGAAAGCUUUCGGAAAGCUAUGCUGGCUCCGUUCGCUGCUUGCGUUCACAUUUUACUAUAUGAUAUUCACGGCUGCAUACAUGUUACGACCAUUCUCGGCCACAACUGAGAUGAGGAAGAUGCCAAAUGCCACUUAUCGCAAUACUGGCGAUGGGGAUGGGAUAGAGCUGCGACUAGCUUGCGAAGUUACCGUCGUCGUGCUGGUCAUCGUUCAGAUUCUCCUUGACGUCCGUGAUGUCCGACGAAUCGGAAAAUCGAAAUGGUUUUCAAUACUGAAGGCGUUUCCUGCUAAAAUACUGUACAAGGUGUCCUUCAUAUUGGUUUUGUCGGAAGUUCCAAUUCGAUUCGGCUGUCAUCUUCACGACACGUUCCUGGGCGCUGACAACUUUAUCGCUGCAAUUGCCGUUAUUCUUACCACGAUUCACUACCUCUACUUUCUCAGGUGA